UCCCAAGGCACAAAAAUGUCAGCCUCGCUCCUCCUCCUCACUCUCUGUCUCCCCUCAACCCUCUUCUGUCUCUCUUCUUCUUCUUCCACAUCACCACCACCACUUCGCCUCCACAAAUCAAUCCCACGCGCCGCCCACCACUCUCGCGAGUACAUCGAGCUCGCCCGUCCACUGCCGUCCGAUCAUCUCACUCCGUCAUGCACUCUCCGCGUCCUCCACCACCUCUUCGCCGACACCAUUGGCCGCCCGCCGGUCUCCACCCCUUACUCCCCGCCGUUGAAUUGCUCCUCGUCCUGGUCCCACGUCGUCCUCGAGCUGCGCGCCUCCUCCUCCGGCGACCAGUACGACCGCAUCGCCGGGGUCUGGCUCGGCGCCGCCGAGAUCCUCCGCACCAGCACCGCGGAGCCCACCUCCAACGGCGUCUUCUGGAAGGUUCGGAAGGACAUCACCAGGUACGAAUCCCUCCUCAGGCGGACGGAUCUGGCGAUAACGGUCAUGCUCGAGAACAUAGUCAAUGACGAACUCACCGGAGUUUACGACAUUACGCUCACUCUGUUGUAUUACAAAGGUAACUCGAUUAAUCUUCCGUCGUCAAGUGAAUUAAGUAGAAAAUUAGUGUUUAGGAAGGAUUACAGGGAUAUGGGCUUAGUCAAUGAACAGGGAACAUUAGGAUUUGAAGAUAAAUUGGGGGAAAACCCAGCGAUUAGAUACAAAGAAGGAGUAGAUAGUGUAAAUGAACAAAGGAACUCAAAGUACUUGUAUGAAACCCCGGCAGAUUUGAUACUUCCCAUAUCCAACGACGGCCUCGGGGAAGGGUUUUGGUUCAGAAUUGAGAGUGAAUCAGGGGUUCAAUCUACCAAGGUUAAUAUUCCUAGGAAUACACUGAAGGCUGUUCUUGAGGUUUAUGUAUCAUUUCAUGGAAAUGAUGAAUUUUGGUACUCAAACCCGCCUGAUUCAUACAUAAGGGUGAACAAUAUGAGCACUGGAAGAGGCCAUGGAGCUUAUAGGGAGGUGUUUGUGACCAUAGAUGGCAGGUUCGUCGGGUCAGUUGUUCCAUUUCCGGUUAUAUUCACCGGAGGAAUCAAUCCGUUGUUUUGGGAACCGGUUGUGGCGAUCGGUGCUUUUAACCUGCCUUGCUAUGAUUUCGAUUUGACUCCCUUUUUGGGGCUUAUUGUGGAUGGGAAGACUCAUUUAUUGGGCCUUGGAGUGGCUGAUAGCGUUCCGUUUUGGCUUGUCGAUGCGAAUUUGCACCUAUGGUUUGAUCAUGGCUCGUCGAGAAUCGAGGCUAAAGUUGUUAGUAGCCAUUCUCCAGCUCUUUUGAUAGAACGCACCUCAAAAUUUGUACAACUUGAUGGAUCAUUCACCAUAGUAGCGAGGAGGAAGAGUCGAUUCUCGGGGUGGGUGAAAUCAAGUGCAGGCAAUUUGACUACUUAUGUCUCGCAGGGUUUCAGGUUCAAGAACUCGAUAAAGUUUGCUCAGAAUGGUACUUACAAAUUGGUGAAACAGAAAGUCAAUACAAAAACUAUAACGAGAGUAGUAUCUGAGAUGGGUGGUUUGAUCAAUCGGGUAAUCGUCCGGAGGAAAUACCCUCUCAGACUGAUAACCAACUCAACUCUUUCUGGAUCAAAAAGCAGUGAUUAUAAGAUGCUGACUAAUGUUUCUCAUGCAAUGAGAGAGAAAUUUUCCCAUGGACAUUUUUCAAGCUCUUUAUACAACAAUCAAAUUUCUGGGGGAUGGAUGGUGGUCAAGGGCCACUCUGUUCGUUCUGGAUUUGCCAUGACUAACCAAACUUUCACUUCGAAGGAUGAAUUUGGUUGCUACUCCCGGGUUGUUGCAGCUACCCGUGGCAAGCUCAUCGGCGACAAUACCACCUUUAGUUGUACGUCAUCCUUUUAGGGUCAAAUCAAGUUGUCUCUGCCAGUGCAAGAUCACCCUCUUUUCUUCUUCUUUUUUUUUUUUUUUUGUAAUAACAGCCAUAGAUUUGUAUAAAUCCAGCAGCCUGGGGGUAGGGAUUUAAACCAGUCUCACACUGAGCCCGGCAGGAUGGCGCAGCCUGCAUAAUAGUACUUUCUCCAAAGUACUCGGUGUUAAUAUUUCUAACAUAAUGAAUAAUCCUUGUGCUUCUAAGAGUA